UGCACAAAAAUCAGCAUUUUCCUCGAAAACCUAGUGAAAAUGAAUCUUCUCUGUAUUUCGCCCGCAUUGCUUUGUUGUUUACUCAAAUAUGGUGUGUAUGGUGAAUCAUUGUCAGCAGUGGAAGGCGAUUCAGUCACUCUACACACUGGUGUUGAAACAAACCAACAAGAAAAGAUUAGAUGGUAUUAUGAGGACACUCGCAUCGCUCAAAUCAGUGGAGAUCAAAGCAGGAGCUGUACAGAUGUUCAGUGUAAUGAAGGUAAUGAGAGAUUCAGAGACAGACUGAAGCUGGAUCAACAGACUGGAUCUCUAACCAUCAUGAACACGAGAACCACAGACUCUGGACUUUAUAUAGAAAAGAUCAGCAGUAGCAGCAGCAUUUAUGAAAAGAUCUUCAAUGUUACCAUCCAUGGUGUCUCUGCUGCUGAAGGAAAUGAAACCAAGACAAAGUCAGUGAAGGAAGGAGAAUCUGUUACUUUAGAUCCUGGUGAAAUAAACAAUCCCAACAAUCUGUUGAUAUGGUUUUUUAAAAACAUUCUUAUAGCUGAUAUCACUGGAGAUCCCAGUAAAACCUGUACAGAUAAUCAGUGUACUGAGAGAUUCAGAAAUAGACUGAAGGUGAAUCAUCAGACUGGGUCUCUGACCAUCACAAACACCAGAACCACAGACUCUGGAGAAUAUCAUCUACAGAUCAACAGCAGCAGGAUCAGCAUCAUUAGGGGUUUCAGUGUUUCUGUCUCUGAUCUAGGUCCACCUUCAACUGCUGCAGCAGGAACAAUUUCUGCUGCUGUUGUUGUUGUUGUUUGUGUUUUUGUGUUGGUCAUGGCUGCUCGUGUGAUAUUUAAACGCUGCAGGAAAACAGAAUCGCCACCAACAGGACAAAAUGGAGCCGUGGAGCAGUGCAAUGGUCAUCAGCAGAACAGUGAAGAAGAUUUGCCCCUAGAGCAAACUGAGACUGCAAGCAAGAGGAAGAAGCGGAAACAAAAGCGAAAGUGGAGGAAUAAUACAUGACAUUAUUCCUCAUAGAGGAAUAAUGUCAUAUUACUGAAAUAUCAGUAUUUGGUGCCAAUUUCUACUCUGUAUUCUCUCAAUUUUUAAAAAGCAGCACAUUACUGGCAGUAAACCCAAGAGAGCGUGCGGGUUUUCCAGUAACGAACAAUGGAGGGAUUAUUACAGCUGCCAAAGCGAUCCAGACAGAAACAGUCCAUGAUUAUUUAAUUUCUGCCAGUAUUGCUGUUUCUUCAGUCAUUAACAGCAGCAUUUACACGGUCAGAUGUAGGAAUCCUUACAAGCACUCAUUCUUGUCUUCUUUAAGUUCUGGAUAAAAAAAAGGCAGGUUAAAUCCAGCAAGAGCUUAUCCAUGAUAUAUCACCUUUGUGUCAUCGAUCAAACUCUGAAUUUCAGGAACUGAACCUGUAAUAACUGCACUGACACAGCCACCACAGUCAAUAGAGGGAGCUGUUACUGGGUGCUGCACAAGCCAUUUACUGGUGUCCAGCAUCUGAAUCAUG